AAAUGUUGUAAAUCAGAACUUACAACUGAUCUUAAAAACAAACAACAUCCUAACUCACUUAUGAAAUGUUACGUAAGCCAAGGAAGCGGGAAAUGAUGCUAGGUUUCCUGAUUGCUUGGACUCGACCAAUAAGACCAGUGUGGAGGGAAGAACCCAGUUUCUACCGGGAGGGAAAUGCUUUCUAGUCUGUGUUACCACAGAGGGAUAUAAAGAAGAAAGAUUUACUUAAAGUGAAGAAAAGUUUAUUUUCAUUAGAUAGAUAGACAUGGUGUACUAUUAAUAAAAAUAUAGGCAUAGGUAUAGGCUACUUACUGACAGAUACAUUUUCUUGUUACAUUUGGAAGCAUUGAUGGUGUCUUUCCAGAUGUGCAAGCUGCCCAUUUCAAAGGAAUUAACACACCCCCAUACCAUCAGAGAUGCAGGCUUUUGAACUGAGCACUGAUAAAAAGUUGGAUGGUCCCUCUCCUCUUUAGUCCUCUUUAGUUUAGAGGACACAGCAUCCAUGGUUUCAAAAAAGAAUUUCAAAUUUAGAUUCGUCUGACCACAGAACAGUUCUCCACUUUGCCUCAGUCCGUUUUUAAAUGAGCUUUGGCCCAGAGAAGGCAGCGGCGUUUCUGGAUCAUGUUCACAUAUGGCUUCUUCUUUGCAUGAUAGAGCUUUAACCAGCAUUUGUGGAUGGCAUGGUGAACUGUGUUCACAGACAAUGACUUCUGGAGGUGUUUCUGAGCCCAUGCAGUGAUUUCCAUUACACUCAUUUAAUGCAGUGCCACCUGAGGGCCCGAAGAUUAAGGGCACACAAUACUGAUUUUCACCCUUGUCCCUUGCGCACAGAGAUUUCUCCAGAUUCUCAGAAUCUUUUGAUGAUGAUAUGUACUGUAGAUGAUGAGAUAUUCAAUUUUACAUUGAGGAACAUUAUUCUGAAAUUGUUCCACAAAUUGUAAACACAGUUUUUCGCAGAUUGGUGAACCUCUGCCCAUCUUUACCUCUGAAAGACUCUGGCUCUCUAAGAUACUCUUUUUAUACCCAAUCAUGUUACUGACCUGUUGUCAAUUAUUAACCUCCAGCUAUUUCUUUUUAGUAACUCUUACUUUUCCAGCCUUUUGUUGCCCCGUCACAAAGUUUUUGAGACGUGUCGCGGCCAUCAAAUUCAAAAUGACCUCAUAUUUUUUUUUAUUUUUAUAAAUGGUACAUUUACUCAGUUUAAACAUUUGAUAUGCUUUCUAUGUUCUGUUGUGAAUAACAUAGGUUUAUGAGAUUUAUAAAUCAUUGCAUUCUGUUUUUAUUUACAUUUAUUUACAUUUAACACUGCGUCCUAACUAAUACAUUUUUUACACACACAUUUAUUUAUUUAUUUAUUUAUUUAUUUAUUUAUUUGGAAUGGACAUUUUGGUCGUUUUGCCUAGGUAAUUACUUAGGAGAACUACAUUGUUGUCUAUGUUCAUAUACUGUAUGUAACAUGGACGUCCUUUGCUUCUGCAAAGCAUCAUAUCCACCAUUUUCCUGAACGUGGAAGUCUUGUCUGGCUCACGCCGGAAGCCUGUUUUACAUUUCUGGUCUCCGGUAUUCACAGCCAAAUUAGCAUAUGUUAUUAGCUAAUAACGUGAUGUUAAACGUGUGAAAAUGGCUAAAAAAUGCAUAGUGCUGACACUUUACAGUGUCAUGAUAACCAUCUUUUGACAGUGCCUCACCUGUCAAAGUUUAACUGGGUAGAUGACAUGAGGCUAUGGCUCAAGGUUAGCUACGUUGAUAUAAUUAACUACUUCGUUUUCUCUGACGGCAUUGAUGGUAACUAGCUUUCUGACUGAGUGACUAGCUUUUGCCACUUGGUAACAAGUGGGCCUUCAUAUCCUAGAUACGGUUCCAGACCGGGUGAAGUUCGGAGGGCUUUUUGUCCAAAAAAUAAUAAGAGCACACAAACCUCCUUUGGGGGGUAUUAUAACUUCAAUAUUAAAAAAAAACCAUGCUCGUUUCCUCUCACCAGUAUUUGGAAUAGAAUGCAAGGCAUAUGGUGCCAGACACAGACAUUCUGUUUUGGGUUUGCUGGUGCUCAAAACAAGUAUUUUCCAGGAAUCCCUAAAGUUUAUUGCUGCUGAGGUGUGUCAUGUAAACAGGGUUGGAGAUGGAUGCAAGUGCAGUUAAAGCUUUUAAUGAGAGGCAGGCAGAUGAAUCCAAAACGUGAGGCAAUAGCAAUAUGCAGAAUAAACUAGGCUAGGCAAGGAGCAAAAUGAGAAACAAGGAACAGGAUCAAAAACCAUGAGACGAGAAACAAAGGACAGAAUGACUCAGUAGAGUACUGGUGGCAAAACACAGAAACAAUAUUUCACAUGGAAAAGACACACAGGGUUUAAAUAUACAAUGAAAUCAAAGGGCACACCACGAAACAGCUGCGACAUUAGGAAAGAACCAAUAACAUAACAGAGGUGGGGACAGGAUAGAAACCAAAACAAAACACACCAGUCAAAAGUAAACACAGUUAAUGACAACCUGGAAGUGCGUGCUGUCGCAGAGGGGAAAUCCUGAAAAACACUCCCCUCCGGCAGUCCUGGCCCUCUGUGCAAAAAUGUCCACACAGAACUCAUAAUCCUGAGGCAGGCAUUGUCUUAGCAAUGGGGCAUACAGGUUGAAAGCAAGUGGUGAGUUGGUGACAGGCUCACCAGGGUCAGAUGGCUGGGCUGGGACAUGAUCGCCUUAGUCCUUAGGCGUGAACCAGGCGCGAGAGUCCUUGGUAGGCUGUCUUGUUGGCCUAUGACUGGAACAUGGCUUGGUGGGCUGUCUCAUCGGCCUCUGACUGGAACGUCUGGAGAUGAGGUCGCCACGUUGACCUCUGGCUGGAGCUCUGCAGGGGAGACCACCUCGUGUGUCUCAGGCUGGAGCUUUGGAGCUAAGGUCACCACAUUGACCUCUGGCUGGAGCUCUGCGGGGGAGACAACCUCAUGGGUCUCGGCUGGAGCUCAGGUGCUCCGGCACUCAGUGCGAGGGGAAAUCCGUGACAUUGUGGCAGCCAACGACAGCACAGCUUGACACUUACUAACAUUCAAAGUUUCUGUCUAAGUAAUUCAGUCGCUCUUUUUAAACAGUUUUAAUAAGGAUUCUUAUAGAGACCGGAACAGAAAAACAGUACAUCUGAAAUUGUAAUCCAUCAUGGUGGCACUCAUUGGUUUCUCAGGAAAAAAGUGGAUAUUGUCAUAAUGUGAAGACCCGCUGGCCAAAAUCAGUAAAUUAUUGCAGAGAAAGCACGUCUCUCUGCUUUUUCCCCGUUCACCGUAAUUAUAGUAGUAUGCUGUUUUUGUAGUAUGUAAUAUGUUUAAUGUAGUAUGAAAUUAUUAUACUACUACUGUUUGCAUGGCUGAAAACGUGCAAAAACUAAAGCAGAAAAAUGGAGAAACAAAACCGUACGAUCAUCGUUUUAACCAUCAAUCAUUGAUGUCUCUUCCGAGUACUCGUACCAAUGUGUGUGUGUGUGUGUGUGUGAUCAAGGCUUCCAUUUUAAAAAUAGAAAUAUAAUCACAGUCUUGCCAGUGGCUCAAAGUCCCACUAUCCCCCACGCUUCACCAUGGGCACUGUUAUUCAGCAUGAAAAUAUGAAAAAGUAAACUGUUUUCAUAUUUGUAGACCUCACAGAAGAGUCCACUUUGUCACAGCACAUAGUAAAUUAAUCAUUUGCUAUGAAUCUGUAUCAGUGGUCAAUACCUUUAUACCUGUAUGUAUACUGUAUCUCUCUCUCUUUCUUUACCUAACAGGCUGCAUGUAAUAAACAAUAUCUCCUCAGAAGAAUAAGGAUUGGAGAAAAUAAAUGUUCAGUUGUGUGAAAAUGACUUCAGUGAAGUACCUCAUGUAUGACACAUUACAUUCAUAACAUUUCAUUCGUAUAGGCAGACAAUUAAUAUAGUAUUGACCCUGCAAUGUAGGGGUUUUAACUGCAAAGAAAUUGUAUUUUUUGGACUCAUGUUUGAAAUAAAAACACCAGCCCACAAAUAUUCUGCUUUGCUCGAAAAUUUACUUUAUCUUAUUCACUAACUCAGUGAGGAUGCCUGUCUCAGCCCAUGUGAAUUACAAUAUUUAAUUAAAGUAGUGUAUCGUGACGAGCACAGCCUCUGGCAUUACAUUGCUCUACUGCUUUAAAGCUACAUGGUGCAAUUUGUCUCUUACUCAGUAUGAACAUCCCUCAAAAUACAUCCAUGGACCUUAUGUUUAAAAAAAGGUAUCAUACAAUCUCUGCACUUAAUGUUUAACUGUCGCUGAGGUUUGGGGUUCACAGAACGAUCAUAUAUUUUUUCUGGAUGCUUUCCUUGUGAUGAGAGAUUGAGCCUCUGUCCCAUGAGACCUCAUCAGAUGAAAAGACUGUACUGUGUGUGUGUGUGUGUGAGAGAGAGAGAGAGAGAGAGAGAGAGAGAGAGGGGAGAAACAAGUGUACGUGUGCAUGUGUGUGAGCAUAAAAUAGACCUGCAGAGUGCAAGCUAGAGGAAAAGAGGAUCUUCCUUGUGGAGGAUGAUAGCGCUGCUGCCUGUCCUUCCCAUGCUAAAUGAUUUACUUCAGUAGGAUCUGACCUCUGUGUUCUGUCAUUUGGUACUGUUUCUGUUCGACAUCAUUAGCUGUUGGAAACUGGGCUGGGCUUUUGGAAGUGCUUCUCAUUUUGGUUUAUUUCCUCUAUGUCUGUUCAUGGGUGUAUGCAGAAAGGCACAGAACAGCAGAGGAGAGGGAAAAAAAGGCGAUAGACAGAGAGUCUAUCAUGUGUGUACUAUAACUGAACAGCAGGAGCAGCAGACAGAGUUGGAAGGGGGGGUUUCAGACAAAAGCUGCAGACACUGUUCGCUCACCGACCACAACGAGCAACCAAAGACAAAAGAAGAAGGAGAAUCUAUUGAACGUAAGACUCAGGCUCUUUGCCUCCUUAUUGUCAGGAUUCCAUGAGCCACUGGCACCACGUUGAGGGCAUAUAGGAUGUCUGUGUCAGGGAAGAAGGAAUUUGAUGUAAAACAGAUCCUUAGACUUCGCUGGCGCUGGUUCAGUCAUUCCACUCAGACAUCAGCAGGAAAUGUGGGGUACAUUCAGCAAGAGGGAUUUGAGCAUGGGGGGACACCAAUCCAGAGCCGCCUAAAGAGUCACUCACGGGAUAGAGGAGGACUUCGUAAAAGCAACAGCCCAGUGCACAGCAUUCUGUCUCCCACCCCUGGUUCAACACCUGUCUAUGUCAGGACAGGCAGUCAAUCAUGGCACCAGCAGAACAUCAUCCAGCACCUCCAGGCCAGCGAGGAAUCUCCGAAAAACAGUUCUCCGUCUAGUGCCAGUAAAGAGAAUGGCAAGAUCAGCCAGGAGAAUUUAAAGAGCAACCCAGAGGAGUGCCCUGAGGAGGAAGCCACUGACAGGUUGACUCUGAGUAGUUACUCUAGGAUGAGCUCCAAUUGUUCAGAUGAGUUCUUCCAGGCCACGAACCACGCGGAACAGACCUUCCGGAAGAUGGAGACUUACCUGCAGCACAAGCAGCUGUGUGAUGUGCUUUUGAUAGCUGGCGAUCACAAGAUCCCUGCACAUAGGCUUGUUUUAAGCGCAGUUUCAGACUACUUCGCUGCCAUGUUCACCAACAAUGUGCGGGAGGCAAAACAGGAUGAGAUCAAAAUGGAAGGUGUUGAUCCGGAUGCACUGAGAUCAUUAGUUCAUUUUGCAUACACUGGUGUACUUGAGCUAAAGGAAGAGACAAUUGAGAGCCUAUUAGCCGCAGCAUGUCUUCUCCAGCUCUCGCAAGUUAUUGAGGUCUGCUGCAACUUUUUAAUGAAACAACUUCACCCAUCCAACUGCCUGGGGAUCCGCUCAUUUGCUGAUGCUCAAGGAUGCAUGGAUCUGCUGAAUGUGGCACACAACUACACCAUGGAACACUUUUUAGAAGUCAUUCAGAACCAGGAGUUUCUCUUACUUCCUACAACGGAAAUAGUCAAGCUACUGUCCAGUGAUGACAUCAAUGUUCCAGACGAAGAGACCAUUUUCCAGGCACUGAUGAUGUGGGUGCGCUAUGAUGUGCAGCGUCGGCAAAAAGAUCUAGGAUUAUUACUCGCCUACAUACGCCUACCCCUUCUGCCGCCUCAGCUUCUUGCUGACUUGGAAAACAAUAAGAUGUUUUCUGAAGAUCUGGAAUGUCAAAAGCUACUGAUGGAGGCCAUGAAGUACCAUUUGUUGCCAGAGCGUCGGCCGAUGCUACAGAGUCCCAGGACCAAACCACGCAAGUCCACUGUAGGGGCACUCUAUGCAGUAGGAGGCAUGGAUGCCUCAAAAGGUUCUACAACAAUAGAGAAGUAUGAUCUUCGCACUAAUACAUGGAUCCAGGUUGGCAUAAUGAAUGGUCGGAGGCUUCAAUUUGGUGUAGCAGUCAUCGAUAACAAGCUCUAUGUGGUAGGGGGAAGGGAUGGCCUCAAGACAUCCAAUACAGUGGAGUGCUAUGAUCCACUCACUAAAGUGUGGUCCAACAUGCCUCCUAUGUCAACCCACAGACAUGGACUAGGGAUCGCUGUCCUGGAAGGGCCUAUGUAUGCGGUGGGAGGGCAUGAUGGAUGGAGCUAUCUGAACACAGUUGAGAGGUGGGACCCCCAGGCAAGACAGUGGAAUUAUGUGGCCAGUAUGUCCACUCCUCGCAGCACAGUAGGAGUCACUGCUCUCAACGGAAAGCUGUUUGCGGUGGGUGGACGUGACGGCAGCUCGUGCCUCCGCUCCAUGGAAUGUUUUGAUCCCCACACUAACAAAUGGAGCACGUGCGCACCAAUGGCGAAGCGGAGAGGAGGAGUGGGCGUGGCCACCUACAACGGCUUUCUGUACGCUGUCGGCGGCCAUGACGCACCAGCUUCAAACCACUGCUCUCGCCUCUCUGACUGUGUGGAGAGGUAUGACCAAAAAACAGACACGUGGACCAUGGUGUCGUCCCUCAGUGUUCCACGUGAUGCAGUGGGAGUGUGUUUGCUUGGUGACAAGCUAUAUGCAGUAGGUGGAUACGAUGGCCAAUCCUAUCUAAACAGCGUAGAGUCCUAUGAUGCACAGAAUAACGAAUGGACCGAGGAGGUGCCAUUGAACAUUGGCAGAGCUGGGGCCUGUGUGGUGGUGGUUAAAUUACCUUGAGCAUUCAGGCCAUGUUCUUACAGGAGACACACCAGCAGUGGAAAACAAACAACAUAUGGAAUUUUUAAUUUUAGUGGGUUUUUUUUUCUUGGGUAACAAUAAUGUGAAGGGCCUCCUUGUUGGGUAUUGCCUAAUAGCUGAUUAUUGCAAUAGUAGACACUGAAAAUAAAUGUGAAUGUAUCAAAUCUCUGCAUAUAACACUUUACGCUUUGAAUUUAGAAAUUAGAAUUUCUUUCUUUUCCUUCUUCUUCUUCUUCUUUUUUUUUCUAAACCAAUAAAUUCAAGAAAAGUGUGAUGUUUACCAGAUUUGUUUUCAUGUAUACAUUUUGUGUCAUUAUGUAUUAAUAACUUUCAGCAACCCAAAGUGAAAUGCAGUUACAGAAUAAGAUAAAUUGCAGAUUUCUUUAUUUAAUUUCUGUGUUUUAAGAAAAAUAAAUAUUUUUGACUCUUCGACAAUGCAUUUAAAAACACUGUGAAUACAUCUAGUUGUGAGCUUGCAUCCAGUUGUGAGUUAUUACACUCAAAAAAGGUUGGGAGAUCAUUUAAACAAAUGUUAUACACUUUUUACGUAAGGCUAGACAUAGCAUGAAACUACUCAACAGACAUUUUUUAAGAAGCUUUCAAUAAAGUAGCUGCAAAACACCAAAGUAUCAUGUGAUAGUAGUCAUUUUUAACUUUUAAUGUUUACAAAAUAGUGAAUAUACAAAUAUAUCAUAUUGAUAUUUCACAUUAAUGUAUAGUUUUUGUAAUUAUGUCAUGUAUAUAUUUCCUGAAUCAGUGUUAUAAAUGUAUUUUAUGAUCAUCUUUUUUUUUUCUGGCAUGCUGCUUGGGUAUAUUUGAAUGCCACACUAUAAUGCUUUCGUAUGUUAUCACAUCCAUUUCCAGAGGUCAACACUACUGUGUUUGGAUUAAAGCAGUGUUUAUAUGUUUUGACCUCUUUCCAUUGCCAUGUAGGUGAAUAUUUCACAAGUGAUACUGACGUAAAAUUUCUGAAUUAGAAUUUAAACAUACCCAUAAAAUGAGUUCUUGAAAAUAAUUUUUAUUUGUACUUAGUGAUUUGCUAUUUGUAACCAUCAAGAUUUCCAGAUACAUGUAUUUUACUUUUCAUCAUUUUAUAUAGCAUGUAAACAUAAAUAAAAUCUUUUCUCCCUC